CUGACAAACGUCACCCUUCGGAUCAUAAGACGCUAGAUCUCCGCAGUAGAAUUCUCCACCAUUUCGAUUGGCGAUCUGCAAAAAAAAUGUGUUUAUAAUGUGAACAUGACGGGGGCGGUUAGGGUGUCUGUUUUGUUGUGUGUGUGGUUUUUUUUUUAAGGAUGGGUUGCUUUUACGUCAGCGCGUUGCUUAUCACCGUCACUCCGUGUGGGCCGCGAUUGUGAUCGUAUUGAUCUCUUUUCACACACACACGUAUGGAGACCUCGAUGCCGCGCGAUCCGUGAGCGAGUCAGAUUGAUUUGUGUGGUGUGUGCGGGAAGGAGGCGGUGCGCAGCAACAUUGGCUCGUGACGACACGGAUUAAAACACCAGUCGCAGAGUUAUCCUGACCAGUGAAAGUACGGGAAAAGGACAGUGCAUGCAGUGCGGACAGUCAUAGAAAGGAGGAUUGACCGCGUACUUACGCUGACGUUACCAGCGGUGGAGCAUUUUGGCUGGUUUGGUAUACUCGACCGUGCAGAGCUUGCAAGGCAUUUUAUGCGGUGUGACUACGCAGUUGGAGAUCGCACCACUUCCCGCUAUCUUCGCGAUCAUUGCUUGAUUGGCUACCCGUCCGGCGCGGUUGUCCACAGCACCAGGCGUUUUCUAGCAAGGCGAACGUAAUGAACUCGGCCCCAGUAUUCACAGUCGUGCAACAUGAACAGCUAGCGAGGCUUCGGUAGAAACCUUGAUCCACUCUGAGCAUCUGUCGCCAACUGUAACAUUAUGUGACACCGAUACGGACGGGUUUUUAAUCAUUUCAGCUGUUAGAAGGAGUAUUUUUGGUCUGCAAUUCGAGAAGGGGAGCUCUACUUUUAUAAUGCGGUGCAAGGUUGGUGGUGCUUGCGUCCCUUGAAACUGGAAAACCGCGCAUGCGGAAAGUUCUAGAAGUGUAAUAGAGUCGAUCUUCAGUAAAUUUCAAAAUAGAGCAUCCAUGAGACAGGGUCUUAGCUGAAUGUGUACUGAGAAAAUAUGCAACUCCGGUCGACCCCUCCACCGAUUCUGGAGGCAGUGGAGACCGGGAACUGGUCCGGGGGUCUUCCCAACAACUCCAUGCUUGGAGACGGCCUUGGAUAUAACCUGACGGACGGGGAAUACUCGGGGGCCAGCGGUGCGGGUUACAAACUCCAAGGCGGGUCUGGUAAUGAUUCGUCUAGCGAGGAAAGCGUCCACCUGACGGUAGCCGAGACCGUCGUCAUCGCGGUGGUGUUGUCGACGCUCAUCGUCCUCUCGAUCGUAGGCAAUGUGCUGGUCUGCGUUGCCGUAGCGACGGAGGAUAAACUCCGGAAGACGGGCAACUCCUUCAUCGUGUCGCUGGCGAUGGCAGACCUCCUGGUCUCGAUCCUCGUCAUGACGUUCGGCAUGGCCAACGAUCUCUUGGGAUACUGGGCCUUCGGCCCCGAAUUCUGCGACGUUUGGAUUUCUUUCGACGUCAUGUUCAGCACAGCUUCCAUCUUGAAUAUAUGCGCCAUCAGCGUGGAUCGCUACCUGCACAUCAAGAAACCCUUCGCCUACUACCGGUGGAUCACUAACCGACGAGCCCUGGUGGCCAUAGUGAUGGUGUGGAUUAUGUCUGCCUUGGUGUCAUUCUUACCAAUUCAGUUGGGCCUCCAUAAGGAAUUCGGUGGCCCCGGUAAGUCCCUCAGCACCCCCUCACCUAUCCCCGACUCGGUCCUCGUGGAGAGCAACUCCUAUAUCUGCAUGCUGGAUCUGAACCCAACUUACGCUAUGGUGUCCUCAACCAUCAGUUUCUUCCUACCGUGUGUGGUCAUGAUCGCCAUCUACACGCGCAUCUUCAGCGCGGUGCGAGAGCGCGUCCGGAACGCUCGCAUGGGCCGGCUGGGCAAGAUCGACAACCCGGACUCCUCGUGCCACGGCAACCAGGCAGCCUCGGACCACAAAGCGGCGGUCACCCUCGGCAUCAUCAUGGGGGUGUUCCUGAUCUGCUGGGUGCCGUUCUUCUCUCUGAACAUCAUCGCCCCGUUGUGCGGUGGUCGGUGCGACCCUUCGCCGCCCCUCCUCAGCGCCUUAACCUGGCUGGGCUACGUCAACUCCACCUUGAACCCCAUCAUCUACAGCAUCUUCAACCGGGACUUCCGCGUGGCUUUCAAGAGGCUGCUGGGGUUCAACUUCAUCAUAAAGAAAAUCCAGGAGCGGAAGGCAGGACUGCUCAACUCCAACAGCCCACGGAGUAGCAUUGAGAGCAGCGUGGCAUACACCAACGGGCGUCGGGCCACGACGAACCACCAUCUCGAGCCGGAACCAACUAUCGAAUCUCCAACCAGCAUGCCCAGAGUGGAGUAUAUAUUCGAUAGAAUCACAUCUUGCUGACAUGGUGUCCUUAACCAGUAUAUCUUCUGUCCAUUUUGGUGUUUAUCUUUUUGUAAAGUAAGCUAUACCUAUAGUAUUUACGUUCUGCCUGUGUAAGCCUGUGUUUUGUUGUGAUGGUUUCAAAUUACAUUGUAAGAAACUUUCUUUAAACUUAUACGACGUACUUAAAAUCUGAAUUUCUACUUAAAAGAAAACAUUGACUUGUGAAAAGCCAAAAGUUAUGUGAUCCAAAGGCAUUCACCUUUGCUUAGAACAUUGGAACGUAUUUUGCCUGUUUGAGCUGCCAAAUAAUGGAUAAAAUUCGCAGAUGGUAUUACCAUCACGUACAAACGAGGGUACUAGGUCAAUUUGUUAACAGAUGUAACAUGGUCUAUAAUAAUUGCUGCCCAAGAGA